AUGCUCAGGCAUUCAUCGAUCUCUGGGAACCCAUAUUAGCCGUGUCUGUCGAUUUGGAUACGUGGACUCCAGAACAAGUCGAUAAUAUGACUCGAUGGGGCAAUGCGAAGGCAAACCUUUAUUGGGAGGCAAACCUCUCGAAUAGGAAUCCUUCAGAAAGCAACAUGGACAGUUGGAUUAGAUCGAAAUAUGAACUAAAGCGAUGGGCAAUGAAGGGACCAAUACCCGAUCCAGAUACAUUAGGUGACGGAUUUUCGGAUAAGCCAGCAUUGUCAACUUCAGCCAAAGUUGUCAGUGAAUCUCAAAUCUCGGAGAAAACCUCAAAAAAAAAUGAAAAUAUAUUGGAUAUUUUCGCCCCUUCACCUAUGUCCAACGUUUUAUCAGAUAAUCCUUCGUCAGCAUCGCAGCUUAAAGGUGCUGACUUAUUUUCGAUAGGUCAACCACCUCUUACAAGCAACGUAGCUUCCAACCCCAUUCAGGAAAAUUCCAAUCUCCAAUCAUCCACUCCAACAUCUAAAUCUAACGAGCAUUCUAAUCAUGACGUUCUGAAAUCGUCUAUUUUGUCAUUAUAUAACAGCCCAAAUCUUAAACCAAAUACGUUAUCCCAAUCCUUUCUAGGAAACUAUAGUUAUAGUUCUCCUAAUCUUCCAUUACGUAAUACAAAUAAUUCUACUACACAGAACACUAAUAAAAACGGAGAUACUUACAUGAAUGAUCGGCUAGGGGGCUUCAUGUAA